AUGGCGAUCUUUGUGUUAGUAGUAGUUGCUAGCCUGCUUCCUUUGGUGCUCACCAUUAGCUUUGCCCUGUUGAAAUGGAAUGAGAUAAGGUACAGUAGGAAAAAGGGUUUGCCUCCUGGGACCAUGGGUUGGCCAGUUUUGGGGGAGACCACUGAGUUCAUCAAAUCUGGACCGAGUUUCAUGAGAAAGCAGCGAGCUAAGUAUGGGAAUUUGUUCAAGACACACAUAUUGGGUUGUCCGACUGUUGUUUGCAUGGAUACCGAGCUCAACAGAUACAUCCUUUUCAACGAAGGCAAAGGUUUGAUCCCUGGUUACCCUGAAUCCAUGCUCGAAAUACUUGGGAGACGCAACAUCGCAGCCGUGGAUGGCGUUUCUCACAAGCGUAUCAGAGGUUCAAUGGUGUCCCUCAUUGGUCCUCUCGCGAUGAAAGAGGAUCUGCUGCCGAAGAUCGAUACCUUCAUGAGAUCUUUCCUUAACAACUGGAAUGGAAAAACCGUAGACAUUCAAGAAACAACCAAGGAGAUGGCAUUGUCGAUAGCAUUCAGGCAAAUGGUAGACAGGGAGCCGGCUUCACUCUACGAGAUGUUCAAGCCAGCGCUGGAUAAGUUAGUCGUUGGAGCGCUUUCGCUGCCGAUAAACAUUCCGGGGACAACUUACUAUCAUGGUUUGCAGGGAAGAAAAAGAGUUGUGGAGAUGUUGAAACAGUUAAUGGAGGAAAGAAGAUCCUCUUCAAAGGCCUAUGAUGAUAUUCUUUACCGCCUUCUUCUCCAUAGCAAAGAUUCAAAGUACAGUCUCACUGAUGAGGAGAUAAUUGAUUCGAUAAUAAUCGUAUUGUUCUCAGGUUACGAAACCGUCUCAGUUACUUUGAUGAUGGCCAUCAAGUACCUCCAUGAUCAUCCUAAAGCUCUUCGAGAACUACGAGAUGAACAUUUCGCAAUCAGAGAAAAGAAGAAACCGGGAGAAGCGAUCGAUUGGAAGGAUUACAAGUCCAUGAACUUCACCCGUUCUGUGAUAUAUGAAACCUCAAGGUUAGCUACAGUUGUUAAUGGACUAAUGAGAAGGACGACAGAUGAUGUGGUCUUGAACGGGUUUACCAUUCCAAAAGGAUGGAGAAUAUAUGUGUAUGUAAGGGAAAUAAACUAUGAUCCAUUCCUUUAUCCAGAGCCUUUCACCUUCAACCCGUGGAGAUGGCUAGAUAAGGACUAUGAGUCUCACAAUUACUGCUUCAUAUUUGGAGCAGGCAACAGGCUGUGUCCCGGAAAGGAUUUGGGGAUACUACAGAUUUGCAUAUUCCUCCACUAUUUUGCCACCACUUACAGGUGGGAGGAGGUUGGUAGAACUGAAAUCCUUCAAUUCCCAAGAGUUUUAGCACCCAAGGGAUUGCAUCUUAAGAUUUCAAACUACCAUGAAUGA